AAAGGGAGAGAGAGAGAAGCAGUUGGGGAGGGGGAAGCAGUACGAGCGAGCAACGCACUGGUGGCAGAAAGACGGACGGACAGACAGACGGACCGACCGACCGACAGACGGACGCCGCUUCCCCUCCGUUCUCGCACUCGCGCCAGUCGGUCGCGCGUUACCGAGCUAAGUGGAUGGGUUGCAAACGCGCUCCCGUUGAAAAGUUUCCCCUGCCUGUUCGUCACGCCGCACGAGAGAAGGAAAGAGAGGCCUCUCUUCCUACGUACGUAUUUACGGUGUUAACUUUGUGGUAAACACGCGCGCCGCGUUUCGUCCUUUGUAUUAUUUAUACACGCUGCUGCGUAACUUGUGAGAGAGAGAGAGAGAGAGAGACACCGCCGUCGUACUUUGUGUGCCCGGCGAAUUUCAAAGAGGAUUAUAAGGUGCAUCGCGAAGUGCGCGUCUCAUCAGACGUAUAACAUCCUCGCAGAAUCUUCCUGUAAGGAAAAUUUCCUCGCUUAAAGUUUCGAAAAGAAUUUAGCUGGACACCACCUGGUACCCAGAAGGCAAGUGAGAUAAAGACAGGUGGCACGAGAAGGUAAGAAGAAACCAUGGGUGCGAGACAGAGCAAGAGGUCCGUGGACAUAACGACGACGCCGAAGAAGGAGGGAAUACCCGUCGAGGGAGGCGUCGUCGGCGAUGCGGCCGCACCUGGCGACGGUAAGCUGGAAAGGAUUGAGGAGGCUGACACGAAGCCCACCACCAACGGCAUAGCACCGCAUACGGACACCUCCGACGACAAAGAGAAGGACAAAGAUGAGGCCACCGAGAAGGACAAGGAGCAACAGCCGCAGCAGGAAGAGGUAAAAGCCGAGGAGACGAAGCAAGAGUCAUCCGGUGAAUCUCCUGCGGAGGUUGCGGAGGUCACGACGCCCACAGAGGCCACCCCUGCCAGUCCGAACACUGCCACUUCUCCAGACAAUAAGGAAGCCAAAAAGAAGGAUAAGAAGAAAAAGUGGUCCUUCAGGUCGAUCAGCUUUAGUAAGAAGGAUAAGACUAAGCCGAGCCGCGAAGAGGCGCCCAAGAAUGGAGAUGUCACCAAGGAGGAGCCGCUUGCGGAGGGUGGCGAAGAUGCAGAGAACGCAACGGCCGCCACGAGCAGUCCGGAGGAGAAAUCAGCAGCGAGCAGUCCAUCGGCGGACGAGCAGGUAGCCGCCCCGGUAGCAGCGGCCGAACCGAAGGAAGAGUCCAACACGGCAUCGCCAGCAGCAGCUGCUAGCCCGGUCGAGGAAAAGAAAGAAGAACCCACUCCCUCUGCCCCCACUCCCGUCCCGUCCGUCGAGGAUAAGAAAGAGGAGACGGUCGAAAAAGUCGAGGCCGAGAAAAAAGUAGUCGAGGUCAGUCAGUCAGCCGGCGGUCAGUCCGUAACGGACCCGAUAGAGAUCCCAGUCCGUGUCCAGCCAGUCGCGACACCGUCUAUCAUUGAGAGGAAAACCAGUGAGGACCUUCCCUCCCUGCUCCCGUCCAGUCCACCGCCGACCCCCAUAGACCCGUCGCCCUUGCAGCAGGCUCGGCAGGCCGCAGCGAGUGCCACGGCUCUGGCCGAGGCACUUCAACUGCCUGCCGUGGCUGCUGACGAGGAAGAGUCGACGCCGACAUCACCGCUCGAUGCGUCCUGCGACGAUGUUCCCCAAGAAAUCCGCGAAUCCGCUGUCCCCGCUAUCGCGUCUCCGACAUCAUUCGGUUCCUCCGCCGACUUGCCCCCGACGGAAACGACGUUUGUCGCGAAAGUAGAGCGCUCGCCGGUGGUAGAGGCCAAGAUCGAGAUCGAGACAUCUCAAGAUGUUGCGAAGAUGGUAGGGAAGACGUUAGCUAGUAGCUGUGACGAUAAAGAAGUCGAGAUCGAAUCAAAGGUAGAGAAUGUGUUGGAGAGCCCUGUCACGAUGACGAAGGAGGUAUCGAAAUGCCAAGAAAGUGAGGCAAAUAGGGUAAAGGAAGCGUCGCCGUUACCAGAAGUGGAACGUGAUACGAGGAAGCAGUUGAUUGAACCGGUCGAUAGUAAAACUAUGCAGAACGAAGAUGUGGUAGAAAGCAAAGCAGAAUGUCCCUUUAUUUCUAAAGAGAUAGAUCCGUUUAUCGACAGCAGCGUGAGAAAAAGCGAUUUUCUGGAUCAGUGUCCGAUAAAUAUCAGUAACGAGAAACUGCCAGAAGUUACGGUUUUUUCAACGGUAGAGGAAGUUUCCGAUAUUGUUGCUAAAGUUAUGAAUGAGCCUUUAGUCGUAGAGUGUCAAAUAAAGAACGAGAUAAAUAGCUGCGAAGGUGAUACGAAGAUAAAUGCACUACCUAGCACUGAGAGUAACAAAGUUAAGAUUGGAACAUUACCGUCGAUUGAAAUUGAAUCAAAAGACUCAUAUCCGGCGGUAGAGCAACAUUUAUCAUCUAAAAAUCUUGAGAUUGAAAAAAUGGAGUGUCCAAGUGAAACAAUGCAACACGUAGAAUCAAUUAAGAAAUUAUCGGACUCCGAUCUUCUUUCGAUUGACAAAUGUGUGACUGUUGAGUCAAAGAUAUCAUCGAAAGCCAUUUCUACACCCUCGAAAAUCGAAAAUUCACUCAAAGAAGAACUGAAGCAAUCUUCAGCAGACGCGGAAGUUGAAGAACAUUUGUCCGAAAGACUGAUCGAAUAUGAACACGAUUAUGCGAAAUAUGCGUCGGAGGAAGAAAGAAUUGCAUCGAUAACUUCACCGACUGAAUUAUUCAUAAAUUCCGAAGAAGGUCCGCUAUCAGUUUCGGGGGAUAUUGUAGUAGAAGCUAAGCCGGCGAUGAUCAUUCCAGAAGAUGAUAGCGUGGAGGAAUUCUCCGAUACCACCGAGUCCAUCAAGGUGAUUCCUGAUACUGACGAAGAAAAAAUUGAGAACGAAGCAGAAUCGGAUACCGCAUUACCCACGGAAGAGACAUUGAUCUCCGAAGAAGACAUGUCCGUUCCGGAAGACGUCACAGGUGAACCGUUAAACGAAAUUAUUAGCACGUCUGAUAAUAUUAUUAAAAACGAAAUAAAGAUAACCGAUGUAGAAGACACGCUACCAGCUCCACCUGAAAAUUUGCAAGUCUCAACCAAUUCGCAAAUAUGCGAAUUUCAAGAUAUAGCAAAUGAAACAGAACAUAUCGUUAACAGAGAAGAUUCAAUCGCGAUAUCUGCUUCAGGCAUUGAGACAGAAACAUUUGUAACAUCUCCGUCGCAGAUUGAACAAACCAAAGAAGUUGAAAAAUGUCCUCUUUUACCAAAAGAUUGUACGACAUCAUCUGAAUUCUGCUCUUUACAAGACUCGGCACCGAAAUAUUCUCCGCAAAUAGCGUUUUCAGAUUCUCCCGUUUCAAAGAGGCACUCUCCGGCACGAGUUCUUUCACCCGGACCGGAAAGCGUGCCCAUCUCGUUGGAAGAUCUUCCCCCGGCGCCCGAAGACACGGGGAUUCAAAGUUUAGAUUCCUUUGAUUAUCCUUUACCACCGGAAGAGCUCUCUUGUCCGUUAUCAUUGAUUGUCACUCCGAACGUGUCCACAGACGAGUUACCACCAGCUCCCGUCGAGCACGCGGCUAGUCCGAGAGAUCCGACAGAGACGCUCCUCACACCGCCUAUAAGUCCCAACUUCCAAUCCAAUGCCAAUAUCGCAUCCGGCAUCGCGACAGAAACCUCCACGAGAGAUUGCUCACAAAUUCCCUUGUAUGACGACAUCAGCAAUCGCGAACAACCCGCGUCACUGAGUGAACCGAUGAUUUUGUACAAUCAGUCGGACAUUGAAUUGAAGCAGAGGCUGGCGGCCGAGUGCCUAGCGAAGACCGAAAGCCAGGAAGGGGCCUUGUUGUCAUGUGAAUUGUCAAACACCGUCCCGUCAACUGCCUCCAAGGAGCAUCACCAGAAAGCUCCGGAAGUCGAGGCGCCGGUAGAAAACAACAUCGCCCACAAUGACAGUACGACGGAAAGCGCUGAUGAGGCUCCUAAAGUUGCACCACCGGCCAUCCCGACCGAGGCACCCGCCUCCCCGCCAACAGCGCCGGCUAUCACCGAGGACGUUGCCUCGGUCACCAAGGCCAUCGAGGAGAUCGACAUAAGCGAUAAAGCGGUCGCGGCGGCAGUGAACGAAGCUAUCGAAUGCAACACGAAUGAAAUCAUCGCUGAUGCGCACCACCAAAACAACAUAAACGAAUAAGCGCCAAUUAAUCGAAUUGUAUUUUGGAAAGAAAAAAGUUCUUUUCUCUCGUUAAAACCAAAAAAGUAUAUUAUAUAGAUAUGUAUAUUUGGACCAUUCCUACAACUAAACAGAAAAUAACGUUCUUUCGUUACGAGCAGCAAAAGGGGAAAACGGGAUGAUGACGACGACGAUGACGACGACGACCGCGAUAUCGUGAGAGCAUAUAGACUCUGUGGUAGGCCUAUUAUUAAUUAUUAAACGACGUUUGAGACGACAGGGCAAACGAGAAUACGCGCGAAGGAAUGAAUCUACAAUCGUAUUAUUUACAAAUGGGCUUUAUGAGGUCAUAUGUAUAUCGCGCGAAUGUUCGUUUACGGGGGAGCAAAUAUAGAUUGUUCAUGCACGGUCUCUUUCACUGAUUAAACGAUUACUCGUUUCAUUCUUUGUGGCGCGCAGAUAGAGCAAAGUUGCGCACGUAUCCUUCGGAUUGUAUGCAAUCGUUACAACGAUAUCGGCCCUGUUAUGUAGAAAUUUUUAAAGUUUCAUUAAUUGUUACUGAAGUCUAAUGCUCGAACAUCGCGCGACGGACAAGCGAUAGGAGCGAUUAAUUAAGAUCGUCGAGAUGAUAGGGCGAGAAUCAUUCGUCGCGCAUUCCAAGGGAAAUACUCAUUGGAUGACGCCCUCCCGUAAUUACAUAACUAUUAUACUCUGAUGAGAGCGAGAGAGUGUGAACGAGGAAGAGAGAACGAGAAAGAAAGAGAGAGAGAGAGAGAGUGAAAGAGAGAAAGUCAAAAUAUAGAGAAAGGAAUCAAGGAAGGAGCAGGCUGUGCGUGAUUGAUAGCGAUUGUGUGAAAGGGAAAAAGAACAAAAAAAAGCGCGUAAAACAAGAAGGAUGAGGAUGCAUCUUUGCCACGGUGAGAACAGGAAAAGGACGAAAAUAUGCGAGAGGAAAACUAGAAAUAGCGGAAGAAGAUUAUUGAGCGACACGCGAUAAAGUUCGUACGAAAAAAAAAACCCGCGUCGACGACUUUGUUGAGGGCACCCGAUAUAUUGUUUCGCUCGUAUUUCCUUCGCGUUCCUUAAUUUUCCUUUUUCCGUUUACAUCUGUACAAUCGAAACGUUUUUACGUUGUAACAAGGAACUUGCACAUCUUCAACAUGAUUUUGAUAGGCGCGUAUCCUAAGGCGCUUGCGAGCACACGAGGAGACACGUUACACACGAACACGAAAAUGACAUUUAUACCGCGUAUACGUAUAUACGUACCAUGCAACAUACGAGAUAAAGUAUAUACAGUAAGUCGAAAUGAGAUGUAAGUGAUAUAUUAAUCUAGACUAUAGAGAAUGCGUUUGUGUAAAUUCGGCGUUUGUUCGAACAUGCUAACUUCUCCAUAGAGGAAGAGGGAGGGAAAGAAGCCUAUCGUAAUUUUUAUGAUAAUCAUUAAAAUAUCGCCUAAUUACAAUUUACAUACGAGACAUGCACAAUUUACCACCCGGAAACGGUACCUUUUUCAAGUUUUCAUACGAUGUUUCUACGUUUCUACGUUUAUACGGAUCUCCAGAAGAUAAAAAAAUAAUAAUUAUUAUCUACGAAAAGCUUUUUUUAUUAAGACUGUAGCGUAGAUCUUAAAGUGUUAUAAACGAGAAGCGCAUUAUACACGUGUGACACGCUCCGAUAUUUGGGAAUAUCGCCGAGUGAAAGGGUGGGACCGAGCGUUCACUCGUGUCCGUGAUCGGCAUUAAUUUCUAAGCGGUUACAUACAUAUUAACGUGUAAGGACGGGAAGGAAGUAAGAUUAAAAGUUGUAUAGUAAAACAAUACAUUCAUUAAGUAUAUCUGUCCGCAAUGAUCUUUACAACGAAAAAAUUAUUCAUCAUCUUCUUGGAGCGGCGACGACACGUUUUGGCGACGAGAGCGAACUUUUUAUCGAAAUUCUUCGCGAGCGACCCGAGACUGAUAUCUGUGCACCCACAUCAUUCUCUAGUGAUCGUCAUCACUCUGAGGCGCCGUCGAGGCAAACCUCGCUCGUUUAUUUAUUUUGCGCCGGAGACUACAAAAUUGUGAAUGAGACCUUUGGAUCGAAGCCGCCUCAGAUGCGAAAGUACAGUCUCCCAGUAUCUUCGAUCAGCAGUUAUAAUAGUAACUAAACUAUUCUACAUUUAUCUAUAACCUAUAAUAAACUGUGAAACAAAGU